UACAAUUACUAACACAAGAGGAUGUAGAGAAAGAACUACGUUGAUUCACCUUGCCUGAUCGAUCUCUUUCCAACUCAGUUAGUUCUAUUACAUUGGUGGUGGUGGUGGUGGUGGUGAGUGAAGCCUUUUAAAAUGAGAGCACCCUCGGGUGCAAUGCUACGCUUUGCAGUUAUUGCUGCAGUCGUUAUUCUUUUGGCUGGUGAGGUUGACGCUACUGUGGAUGGUGUGGCCACCAAUGAGAAGCCGUUCUUUUUUGGCCGUCGACAUGGCUAUGGGGGAGGUCUAGAUGGUGGUGGCUUCGGUGGAGCUAGUGGUCUGGUUGGUGGACCUGGUGGCGGUGGCGGGCUCGAUGGUGGUGAUGGUGGAGGGCUAGGAGGUGCUGGUGGACUUGGCAGUGGGGCUGGUGGUGGUGGAGGACUUGGAGGUGUUGGUGGAAUUGGCGGAGGGGCUAGUGCCGGUGGCGGUUUUGGAGACGGUGCAGGUCUAGGGGGCAAUGUUGGUGGCGGGCUUGGAGCUGGUGGUGGAGUUGGGGCUGGUGCUGGUGCUGGUGGUGGGCUUGGAGCUGGUGGUGAAGUUGAAGGUGUUGGUGUGACAGGUGGCGGGGCAGGUGGUGGUGGAGGACUGGGAGGUGGUGGUGGAACCGGCGGAGGGAUACGCGGUGGUGCUGGAGCUGGUGGGGGGGUCGGAGCGGGUGGAGGAGUUGGUGGUGGUGGCUGGCUAGGUGACGGCGGUGGAGGAGUAUUGGGCUCUUUUGGCCCUCGAUAUGGCUAUGAGGGGGGUCCGGGUCAUGGCAUAUAUAAGAAAUGGUUUGGCCCUUACUUCGGUCAGGGGAGGUUUGGAAAGGGUGGAGGAUUAGGUGGCGGCUUCGGUGGUGGAGCUUAUGGCUGCUUGGGUGGAGGUGGUGGUGCUGGCCUUGGUUGUGGUGGUGGGUUUGGCGGUGGGCCUGGUGGUGGUGGAGGGCUCGGAGGGAUCGGCGGUGGUGCUGGAGCUGGUGGUGGGGCCGGAGCCGGUGGCGGAGUUGGUGGUGGUGGCGGGCUAGGUGGCGGAGGUGGAGGAGGAUUGGGUGGUGGAGCGGGAGCCGGUGGUGGGUUUGGAAGCGGAGUAGGAGCAGGUGGAGGACUAGGCGGCGGGGCUGGUGGUGGAGGUGGAUUUGGGGGCGGCGGCGGCUGGUUCGGAGCAGGUGCUGGUGUUGGAGUUGGGGGCGGCGGGUUUGGGGUAGGCGGCGGUGGUGGAGGUGGUUUUGAUGUGGGUGGUGGGCAUGGGUUUGGAGGUGGGGCUGGUCUGGGUGGUGGGGGCGGUCGCUGA